GCUGGUUGCAGUUGUCCCUUUCGCUCACACAAACGUGAACGUGUCACCGAAGGUGUUUUCCUUUUGCAUUAAUUUCUGUGCGUCCAGAUCAAACUAUAGGCCAGAAUGGUGGACGAUGGCACUAGGAAGACACUGAGCAACAUUCCACUGUUACAGAUACGGGCUGGGCCGCGCGAAAAGGAAGUUUGGGUUCAGAGGCUCAAGGAGGAGUAUCAGGCUCUGAUCAAGUAUGUGGAGAACAAUAAGCAGUCGGGCAGCGAUUGGUUCCGGCUGGAGUCCAACAAGGAGGGCACCAAAUGGUUCGGCAAAUGCUGGUACAUGCACAACCUCCUCAAGUACGAGUUCGAUGUGGAGUUUGACAUUCCAGUGACAUACCCAACGACCGCACCCGAAAUCGCUCUUCCCGAGCUGGAUGGCAAGACGGCAAAGAUGUAUCGAGGCGGCAAAAUCUGUCUAACAGAUCACUUCAAGCCCCUGUGGGCACGCAAUGUACCCAAAUUCGGAAUCGCCCAUGCCAUGGCUUUGGGACUGGCUCCCUGGUUGGCUGUGGAGGUUCCAGACCUGAUCGAGAAGGGCAUCAUCACAUACAAGGAGAAAUAGUUAAUUUUUGUUUAGUUGGAGAAGCGGCAAGAAAAUGAACAAAUGCAAUUUAAUAUGAAAGUCA